CUCUCUCUCUCUCUCUCUCUCUGUGCCUCUCCAACUCCCCUGUCAGUUCAUUGAAGUAGACAACAUUGAAGUAGACAACAGAGGUAAGUACUCUUUUUCGCUGUCUGUUAACCAGUCUCUCUCUCGCUCUUAGUUUCAGUCUCUGUGUGUUUUCCCACAGUAGACAGUGAUCAGGUUUAUCAUUGCUGCAUGUCCCGUGUCCCUGUCGAUGUGUACUGUGCUCUACAGUUGGGUCACUUUCUACAAUGACUGUACUUUGCCAGCUGCCAUGUGCACCUAGAUAGUGUCUGCUAGUUUGCUUACCCUGGUGAUAAUCAAACACCCAUGUGUGCCUGUGUGCACAAGUGUGUAUUUUACAGUUCAGGUUCGUGUCCUGUUCAUCACUCUUUACCAUCACUAUAGCCUUGUGAAUACAGACUGCUUGUUACACCCUGUUUUGUCCCUUUGUACAGUAAACUGGGAAUAUAUACACUCAGAUAAUCUACAAUAGCAUCUGUGUGUGUAUGUGUGUGUGUGUGUGUAUGUGUUUCGAAUCCCAUUGUCAGACAAAGCAGUAGCAGAGACAGCGAACAAAUGUAUUUAGGAUUAAAAUAAUACCGAGAGCAGGGUGUUGAAAUCAUUCAUUAUUGUUGGCUAACAGUGACUCUUUGCUAAAGCUUUAAUCAUGAUAGGUCAUCAUUUUUUGAUUGUAUGGCACAUGCUUUGUAUAAACACGUCAGAUAUUUCCACCAGGUGUUUCCCUUUUGAACAUGUUCCAAGUGGAAGUCUUGUUGAUCUUUCCGCAUUAGCUCAGGACUUUGAUGAAUCAAUGAACAGCUUAGCUUAAAACCAAAUCAGUAAAAUCCAUCUGUAGCCAUUGGUUACAAAACAACACAACUACAGACAUUUGCAAACACCCCCCCGACAGGCUCUCUCUCUCAUACAUACAAACACACACAUGCUGUGACAUCACGCACAUCUGGAUGCAAGAUUGGCUAACACACCAUUCCUCUUUCCCCAUCUUCCCCUUUCCCCCGGCAACCCUCUCGCUUCUUCUUCCCAUCCGUCUGUCUGUCUGUCUGCCCCCGCUCUCAGAGAUGAAAGAGAAGAACCCCUGGCACACGCCGGUGACCAUCAUCAUCACUGUGAUUGGUGUCAUAGCGAUUGUUGCCUUGGUGACGGUAGCAGUUUUGCAGAACAGGCCCCUCCCCCAAAAGUACAAGUAUGGGAUUGUGCUGGACGCUGGCUCCUCCCACACAGCUCUGUAUAUCUACGAGUGGCCGGCUGAGAAGGAUAACAACACUGGAAGAGUUCAACAGAAGCAUUCCUGCAAAGUGGACGGCCCAGGCAUCUCCAGCUACGCAUCCGCUCCACUGAAGGCAGGGGAGUCUCUGAGAGAAUGCAUGCAGAAGGCCGAGAAGUGGGUGCCCAGCAAAAGACACCACGAGACGCCUCUUUAUCUGGGGGCUACUGCCGGAAUGAGAUUGCUUAAUAUGGUGGACAGCGUGGCGUCAGACGACGUCUUUCAGGCCGUGGAGGGAGCCCUGCAAAAAUUCCCCUUUUCCUAUCAGGGAGCGAGGUUACUCAGCGGCCAGGAGGAGGGCGCCUUUGGCUGGGUCACAGUCAACUACUUGGAUGACCGCCUCAAACAGGGCUUGGAAACCACCGGGGCCCUUGACCUUGGCGGGGCCUCCACUCAGAUUAGCUUUGUAUCCGAUAAUUAUGACGGCUCAGAGUCACCUAGCAACUCAGUCACCUUCCGGCUUUAUGGAAAUGACUAUAACCUGUACACUCACAGCUUCCUGUGUUACGGGAAAGACCAAGCGCAACGAUUGAAGCUGGCACGCCAGACUCAAUCAGGUCCAAAUGCAGUAGCAGAUCCUUGUUCCCACCCUGGGUACAAUGCAACAAAGAAGUACUCUGUCCUCUAUGACAGCCCCUGCGUGUCAGACAGGAAACCACAAAGAGCCCCUGCAACCUUCCACCACACCGGUACAGGAAACUUCCAACAAUGCCAGGAAGUCGUUAAAAACGUCUUCAACUUUACUGACUGCAAAUACAGCCACUGCUCUUUCAACGGGGUCUUCCAGCCAAUAUUGCAGGGAGGAUUUGGGGCUUUCUCUGCUUACUACUUUGUGAUGGACUUCCUCAAUCUGACUGAUACAACCAUCCCUCUGGAAGCUGUCAAGGAACAGCUAAAAGCCUACUGUGCUACUCCAUGGGAUCAGAUAGUGCAGCAGCACCCAAAAGCAAAACAAAAGUAUCUGGCUGAGUACUGUUUCUCUGGCACGUACAUCCUCACCCUGCUGACAGAAGGAUACAACUUCACCUCAGUGACCUACUCCAACAUUAAAUUCAUUGAAAAGAUAAAAGGCAGCGAUGCCGGCUGGACGCUGGGCUACAUGUUGAAUCUGACCAAUAUGAUUCCAGCUGAGGCUGCUGACUCUCCCCCUCUGCCCCACGCCGGCUACGUCUCCAUAGUCAGCAUCAUCGCAGUACUGAUCUUCAUCCUCUUCCUCUUCAGCUUGCGCCCUCUAUGGCCCCGCUGCUCCAAACAGCAACAGAUCGUAUAGAAAACACGUGCGUGUGUGUGUGUGUGUGUGUGUGUACAUACGAUGUAUGUACGAGUGACGGCAAGUGAGGGAAUGUUUGUGAGAGCAAGUGUGUGUUGGUGUGUUCUACCAAUUUUUGAAUAACUCAACUUUACACUUUGCAACUUUUGUGGGGAGGUGAAAGGUCAACGUCUACUGCACAUCAACAGUCCUGCAGCUCAUGUGGAUCCAAUGACAUUCCAGAAGGACAAAUACUUCCUCUACUCUUUCUACAGAGUGAGUGUUGCUUAUCCGGUUGAAGGACAGUUUUUGUGUGUUGUGUGGGUGUGUAUGUAUGAAUUUGAAUGGGUGGUUGAGUGUAUGCGUACCUAUAUCAGUCUGCAUGUGUCUUGAACUAUGAUGUGAAUAUGAUACUGUAAUGUAUAAAUAAAUAAAAUAACCCAUGUUUAUAUAAA